GGAGGGGGGGAGAGAGGUGCGGCCUGGGAGCUGACUCACUCCCUGGAGCUCCCUCCCAGCUGCGUAUUCAUACCGAGUCAGGCUCUGCCCCGGCACUUCUACUUCGCCCGAUACCCGGGAGAGUGGAGCGAAGUGGGAGGAACGGAAAGUGUUGAGAAACCCAAGCUCGGAAAAUUUCUCUUUGGAACAGCAUCGGAAAAGAAAGCCCAGGAGAAAGAGUAAAUUGUAAGGCUGUUUACCGGAAGAACCCAGGGCGGAGAGCUCUUCUGGGGCUCGGGUGCCAGAACUUCUUUCCUGCACUCCCCUCUGGAUGCUGAAUGGUACACUCCGAGCUGGAGUUAAAGUCUGGGUGCAGGGCAACCCUCUGAGGGGGGCUGGCAGGAUGGGGUUGCGAGCCGGCGGCAGCCACGGGCGAGAGGGCCCAGAGGUCGGGGCAGAGGGGCAGGAUCGGGCCUCUGAAUCGGAGGAUCGCAGCAUACAUUCUGGCAACAUCGCUACGGUGCACAAUGUUCCCCUGAGCGUCCUCAUCCGACCGCUGCCCUCCGUGCUGGACCCGGACAAGGUGAAGAGCCUCAUGGACACCAUCCAGGAGGAUCCAGAUCGGGUGCCGCCUAUUGAUGUCCUGUGGAUUAAAGGAGCCCAAGGAGGGAACUACUUCUACUCCUUCGGGGGAUGCCACAGAUAUGCAGCCUACCGGGAGCUGAACAAGGAAACAAUCCCUGCCAAGCUGGUCCAGUCUACCAUAUCUGACCUUCGUGUGUACCUGGGUUCUUCGACGCCAGACCUGCAGUAGUAGCACCCUUAGCCUUUGGGACUCACUGAAAAUGCCUCUUCAUGUGACCAUUGAAGAGGCCAGGAGAAGCCAAGUAACACUGGUCCUUACCAGGGCCAUGCAGAGUACAAAAGGUGUGGACUUCUGACCCAGAACAGCUCCUUUGAGAGACAGAAUAUGACUGACUUGUGUAGUAUUUCUUUAAGGCUAGAGAUGAGGGAUAGGGAAUCUCCCUGUGAUUUGUUUAAUAACUUUAGACUACCAUGUCUUGGACCUGAAGAGUGUUGGCCCAGGGCUUAAGAAUAGAAGGGAGCUAGCACCCUGCCCCACCCCAUAGUGGGGUGUGAGGUGAUUGUAAUGGAAAGAGGAGUGAACUUGGAAUUAGAACCUCCCUUGUUCAGAUCCCAACUCUGACACUACCUGUGUGAACAGGUUAUAGUUUCCUCUUUUAUAAGGAGGUGGUUGAACUAAAGUCCCUUCGAAAGUCUUCUCACUCCAGAGCCUAUCCUUCUGAGAUGAUGUGGUAAGGGAACAGAAUGGGGGACCCUUUCUGGAGGGGAAGGGUGAAAGAAGUGAUGGGGAACUGAACGUCCCUCUUCCAACUUCCUGGGUGGAGGGGCCACCUCCUGUUCAUAGCCGGCUAAGGGACCCGUGUCUAACUCUCACUCUGUCUCCCCAUGGAAGCAUGAAUCCUUACUACCUUUUCUUUUUGAGGAAGAAGAUUCAUAUACAGCAAUAACAAAUGAAAGCCCCAAUAAAUUCUGAUUUAGUGAAAAGUGCUUUAGGCUUGGAGUAAGGUGGGACCAUGGGCAAGUCACUUCUCUUCUGUGUUUCUGUUUUCUCAUCUAUAAAUUGUGGUAAGAAUACUUGUACUAACCUACCUCUCAGGGUUGUUGUGAGGAAAAUUAUAUUUAAACUUCAAAGUGCUAAAGAGA